CAGGCAGAAAUCAAUCGCCGGCAGGCAGAUAAGAAAAAGGAGAAAGAAGAAAGAAAGAAAAAGAAAGAAGAGGAGAUGAAAAAGAAGACGUAAAUGGAGGAAGAAGAUCUGAAGAGGAAGCUGAAAGAGAAGAUGGAAAAAGAGUUAGAAGAAGAAUUGAGGCAUAUAGAAGAAGAAGAAGAGGAAAAGGAGGAUGAAGGAGAAAAACUGCAAAGGCGCCGCAAAGAUGUGCCUGAAAGCAGCCGCGCUGGGGGGAAAAGAGUGCAGAUUGCGCCGCUGGACUGCAAAAUGUAUGGGGCAGAGAAGGGUGAAAUUUUUGAGGUGAAGCCUCAAAUUCCUCUUGACCCUUUAGAGGCUGAAUUGCAUGUUGAGUUGAAGAGGAAGGAGGAAGCUGUCAGAAAAGAGACUAGGAGGCAGGAAGUGGCAGCUGAUGUGGAGAAGGUCAGGGUGAGUGGCAGUUCCAGCCAAUACAAUAAGGACAUUGCUGAAUUUGUCCUCCUGCAGGAUGACAUUCAUCAUUCCUAUUUUACUAAUUUAGAGGCUGAACUGCGUGCUGAGGAGGAGAAACUCCGUCAACAGGCACAGACAGUCGAGGCUCUGAAGGCUGAGUUGAAGAGGAAGGAGGAAGUUGUCAGAAAAGAGACUAGAAGGCCGAAACUGGCAGCCGAUGUGGAGAAGGUCAGGGUGAGUGGCAGUUCCAACCAGUACAAUAAGGACAUUGCUGAAUUUGUCCUCCUGCAGGAUGACAUUCAUCAGUCCUAUUUUACUAACUGGGAUGCCAAGAUCACCAGUCCGGAGGAGAGUAUGGCAGAGCAUAGAAAAGAGUUGAAAGACAUCUCCUCUAAACUUCAUCGUCUCUUUGUCCAUCUGCAAAUCCCACCUACUCAGACCGUCCCUCCAUCUCCUGGGCCCUCUCCAGCAGGCCCUCAACAACUCCCACGAUCCAGACCUGCAUCCCCUCCCUCGACACCAAAGUCAACCACACCUUCCCAGCCCUCAGGUCCAUUUGAUAUGCAGCGGCCCAAGCUGACCCCUCCACCCAUGUUCUUUGGCGAGGACCCAAAGGUGGAUGUUGCAGAUUCGAUCACUGCACAACGAACCUACCUGAGUGGGUUCAAAUGUGAUGAGGACGUGAAGGUGAGUGCCAUCCUGGCUCGUCUGGAGAGGACUGCACUGAAAUGGUGCACCUCCACCUCCAGCAAGCAGGGGAUGGAGAUGGUUGAUUGGGCGUAGAGCCUGGGGGUGGCUGGUUUUCUGCAGGCUUUGCAGGAUAGGUUUGCAGACAAGGAGCAGGCCAGGAAAGCAGCAGAUAAAAUUUUGCGUUCGGG